CGCUAUGAGCCGGUCAAUGGUUAUGGUAGCAUUCUGUUGCGCAGAGGUUCUAGCGGCAAGCCAACAGAGGCUAUUGUUGUUGCCUAUAACAAAAAAUAAGCUACCUCGAUAGUUGUUUAACUAACGUGUAAACGGCAGCUAAGACGCCCUACGUUUCCUGUGAUGCACGCCCAUAUUGGCUGACUGGACUCACGACUAGAUAAUUCCUAUCGUUGUGUCUUACCUUCAGGUUUUCACUUAGAUACCAUGAUACAAGGCGGCCCGUUGCUGUGCCUACAACAUCCGAUCGAACCUGCGCUUAUCGCUUUAGCAUGGGGAGACAUCUGAGCGAUUAUUGCUGACAGCACGACCAGCCGCAAGUCAUCCAAAGCUUUGAACAAGCUAACGCCUUAUCCAAUGAUUCCAGAUAAUUAUUCGAGCGGAACUCCGCCAGACACACCUCCCGCUCAGGACGGCCGACGUCCACCAAGCAUCCGAUGCCCGGCGUUCGCGCACACAUCAGACUCGUCUGUCAGCCCCCCUGGCGCUCACGUGCCGCUGUCCGAGGCUUCGCAAAUGGCAGAUGCGUUGUCCCCAGCGUUGUCAUCUGGCACCGUCAUCGCGACCACCACCGCAACCUCGUCACGCUCCUCCUUCACGGCCACUGCUCCCUGGAGGGAGCGCAGCGCCACCGCCCCCACCAUCGGCCAGCUAGACACGCAGGCUCACUCCACCCUGCCAGCCUGGCCCAGCCAGUCUACUCCCCAACUGCACCUGCAAGACCACGACUUACAAGGACAAAUGCUGCCACCCCAAGGCCCCGAGCUGACCUCCGUUUCUUCGCCUUUCACGUCUUGCGAGGCACUCGUGGACGGGCUGAUGGGCAAGGUGGCUGUCGCUCGGAGUUCGACAGCGGGAAGCGGCGACCAGCGCACGGCAAGGAAGGAGGCCUGGCCGGGACCCGAGACCCCGCCACCGCCGGGAACUCCCUUGUCCGCGGCGAAGGCUCUCGCGGCUGCAGCAGCGCUUGAAGCCAGCCCUGAGGAGGAGCCGAGUGCCGGCAGGAGCCUGGUGGCGAGCGGCACAGACGGCGGAGACGGCGCGGUGGUGGGGCGGCGGCGGAUGCUGACACACCACCUGUCUCUCGCCCGCCGGGACCGACUGCAAGACAUAGAGACGGCGGCGGCGGAAGCCUUCACCCCGCUUUCCCAACCUCUUUCCCGUGCCGCCGCUGAAGGCGCCGACGGGGGCAGCGGUAGCGGCGAAGGCGUGAGUAGCAACGGCGAAGGCGCCACUGGUGACGGCCCCUCAGGAGGGCCCUCUGCUGCUUCUGCUGCCGCCAACUCUAAAUCCGCCCUGCCGCGGCAGCAGCACAGCAGCGUUCGGUCCACCGCCUCCACCCCCACCCCCACUGCUGCAGCAGCCUCGUGGCUGUCUCCCAUGCCGGCGUCAAAGCGCAUGUCGGAGGGCGGCAACGUGUUCAGCAUCCUAGACCUCGCGCUCUCUCCGGGCAGCCAGCCGCUUCAGUCACGGCGCUUCUCAGCUGACGGUCUCGUUCGCCGCGCCAGCACCAGCGCUGGCGGUGCUGCUGCCCCCGGCGGCAGUGGCGUCCCGGCGUCAAGGACUGCUGGACGAACGGAGGCGGGUGGGGCGGCCGGGGUCCAAGGCGACGCUGGCGGCGGCAGCGGCGGCAGCCCUCCGCGCCGCUCACCCCGGGUGGCCGCCCUAGCCAUGGAGCGGGCGCCGUGGAGCUCCGGAGGCGGUGGAGGCGGAGGCAGGAGCCCGAGGGUGGCGUCCCUGACGUGUGCAGCCGCCGCAAUAAGCCCGGCAGCCCGCCCCUUCGCACCCGCGCCUUUCCGCACACCCUCAACCCAGUCCCAAGCAGCUGUGACUCCUGCAGCAUCUAGGCCCGCCCCAACCGCCACCUCCACACCCGCCGCCACCUCCACACCCGCCGCCGCUGCCACUCCGGUGGACCACCUCCGCGGCUACCGCUCCUCCAAGACGCUGCGCACCUACCUGCCGCCGCCGCCCCUGCGGCUCCCCUGCCCGAGCCCCGGCAGCGCCUCCGAAACCACGCUUCUGGACCUGGGCAGCAGCCCCACUGCCGCCGCCGGCAACAACUCCCCCCCGGCGCAGCGGCUGGGGUCCUCCGCCUCCAUGCGCAACCUGGGCAGGCGGCUGUCAUUCCUGGAGCGACUGUCCGCAGGCGGAGGAAGCACCGGCGGCAUCCCAGCCGCGGCGGCGACGGCGGGGCAGGACCGCCGUACCAGCAGCAGCAGUGGGGGUGCGGUCGCAGGGGACUGGGCGGUUGUGUCCGCCGGCCGCGCCCCUGGAGGAAACGGAGCUGAUCAUAGUUGCAUCAGCGACGACGCGAGCGGGGAGAGCGGGUGCGGCGCCAGCGCCAGCAGCCGCCGCAGCUUCCGGUGGCGGGAGCUGUCAUUCAGUAUGGACGGCUCCGGCAGCCACACCGGCAUGACAGCAGAUGGCGAGGGUGAUGUACGGCAUAACGGCACUGGUGCGGGUGCAGGUGCGGGACAAGGCCUGAAUGGGUGUGCCGGUGCUGAAGGCUGUGGCAGUGGCAGUGGCAGGACCUCCACGUUCGCUGCGUUGUACGGCAAACGGAGCAGCGUGUACGGCAGAGGAGAAUCCGUGGCGCCUCGUGUUGCAAAUGGCAUGGCAUGGUCGGUGAUUGCGGAGGAAGGCAGGGAGGGUGCCGAGGGUGAUGGAGAGGACGGCGGCAGCAGCAGCGGCACGGGGGUGGCAGCGGGCAGGCAGCAGCAGUGCGGGGGUGGCGCGGGACCGGAGGAGGGGUUUGGGUUUUGCCAGCAGCAGGGAAGGCCUGCUGGUGGUGCUGGUGGCCGCGGCGGUUGGGUUGACCUACACCAGUCGUGUUAACAUGGCCCCGGCUGGUCUUAAAGAGGAGAUGCGGGGCGAGGCGAAUGGCUGUACCGUUGCGUUUUUUCUUGGGUCUAGUUGCCCCUAGUUGCCGUUUAUUUUCGACUCCUGGGAAAGCUGCGCUCGAAGGUGAUCUUACCAGUGUGCUGUACAUAAACCAAUAAACAUUUGCAACUUGUUUAUAAUCUCGCGUCGAACUCGCGCUGCUGACAUACCGUACAGGUGGAGGGUGCUGAUGCGUAAGCGAGUGUCACAUACUGAUGAGGGGCCUUAGGGUGGGAGGCUAUAGUACUGCUGUUGUUAGUUGCGACGUUUCUUAGUUGGGUUUCGUGAAUGGUCGACCCUGUUUGGCCGAGCGUACAGCGGAAGGCUUGUUUGCUGUUUUAAUUGAUUGCCUGUCAGCCGGGAUGCUUCCUUGCGGCUGGAAGCAGUUCAGCGGCUGGAAGGGAAACGCCUUAGGAAGGCGCGUACAGGGAGCAGGUGCGGGACUGGGGCACGUCCCGCUCGUGUGUGAUUGGAAGCCGCUGUGCGCUGCUGGGGCUGCUGGCUUGCUUAUAGCCUAUAGUGAGGAAAGGCUGGCUGUGACGGAGAGGAAGGCUGCUACAGCGCAUUUAGCAGCGCGAGAACAGGCUGGCCCGAGGUGACAGGGAACCCAUCUCUGGCGCUGUUGCAGGGUUUGUGUGCUGGGCGGCUGUCCUGCCGAUGGCGGCGUCUCAUGAGGGGCGUUCUGCGUUCGAGCUAGGGAAGGGCAGGACGCCUGGAGGCUUGGUAGUGAGGUCUUGUAGACUUGCCGAGCGUUGGGCCAUGACUGCUAAACGUGUCGUGCAGUUGCCCUGUAACCCUAGGCAAUGUAAUUGUAACUAUCGGUUUACGCUAAUUGCGCAACAGAGGUAGCUGCAUGUGGAAUGCCCCACAUGCAGCGCUGCAGUUACAGCCGGUAGUACAAGAAGUGUGGGGGAAGCCAAGAGCCAAGCAAGCCAACAGCCGUUGGUAGUCUUACUAUCCAUGAGCCACCCAGAAUAGGGUCAUAUCGUUCCGAUAUCUUGCUUGCACGGCAGGGUAAAGAGAAAACACCGAAGUAGCCGUAUGAUAAGGCUUCACCAUGGUAAGGCGGGUAGUCGGGGUAUGAGGCGGCAAACGACCGCAUUGCCCAGCUGUGCGGUCAGCAAC